AUGGCUCUAAAAUACCAAGAUUCGCAACCAAUCUAUCAAAAUGGAAUUUGGAAAGGCGUUAGAGAUGACCUGUCGGAAGGAUACUUCAAAUUUGGAGAACGUAUUCUUAACCAAUUCAAGCAAAAUCCGGAUUUCAUAGGACAGAUUGAUAGUCUUACUGGAAAAGAAGAUACGUACAAGAGUAUGGGUGAUAGAAGUAUCAGAUGCGCAUUGUGGCUAAUCAACCAGGGAAUCCGCCAAGGAGAUAUCGUUGGAUUGUGCUCAAAGAAUCAGCUGGACUGUUGCAUACCAUUGUUCGCUUCUCUGUACCUCGGUACUAUUUGCAGUCCUAUGUCACAUAAAUACAUGGAUGAAGAACUCGUGAGGUAUUACAUAGACACACGACAGCCUAAGGUGAUGUUCAUCAAUCAAAACAAUGCAGACAUGGUAGUCGAAACGGCUAAAAAAAUGGGUUAUUCUAUGCCGAUCAUCGUUUUUGGGCAAAAGGAUGGUCUGUUGUCUUUUGCAGACAUUUUAAGAGCUCAGAAUAAUGAAGAAGUCGAUAAAUUCAAAUGCACAGAUGUUAAACCCCAAGAUCCAACCAUAAUCAUCAAUACAUCCGGAACUACUAAUCUUCCGAAGGGAGUCCUUCACUCUUACGGUUCUUAUGCCAACAUGUUUAAGUACUAUAAAAAUGAUGAGGAACCUUCAACUGUAAUCGGAUUUUAUGGAAUCAACACGAUCGCUGGAAUUAGGACAGUCAUUAGAUCGGUAAUAUUCAAAGCUACUGUAGUUGUUGCUGACAAUCUGAGUGGAAGAGAAAGUUUGGAAUUAAUCGAAAAGUUUAAGGUCACUCGACUGUGGAUGACGAUAUAUACAGCUUACAGAUUGAUGAAGAGCCCAGAUUUGUUGAAUUACAAUCUUUCGUCAGUAGAAUUAGUGGCUUACGGCGGAGGAAAAAGUGACGAAGAAGCAAUUAAAUUUUUGCAAAAAUUAUUCUACAAUGCAGAUCUUUAUUCUCAUUACGGUGGAACUGAAUUUGGAACAGCGCUGACUAAGAAAGUUGACUUUUCUAAAGUUAUGUCAGCUGGAAGAGUAAUGGCUAAUGUAGAAAUAAAAGUAGUUGAUUCGAAGAAUAAUAAAAUUCUGGGGCCAAAUGAAGAAGGAGAAGUCUACAUACGCACGCCGAAGUUGAUGACUGGCUACUGGGACAAUCCGAAAGCAACUGCUGAUGCUGUUGACUCUGAAGGAUGGUACCAUACCGGAGAUCUGGGGUACUAUGAUACCGACGGUGAUUUUUUUUUCGUUGCAAGAAUUAACGAAUUCAUUUCUAUCUAUACCAACAAAACAUUGUCUUCAGUAAUUGUCGACGUGAUAAAAAAAGUUCCGGGAGUGGAUGAAGUGGCAGUCGUUCCUCGGCUACAUCCGGAUUACUAUGAAGUUCCUAUGGCGUUUGUUACCGUUGCUCAUGGAAUGCAAGUCACAGAAGAUGAUAUCAACGGAGCUGUGGAGAAGAAAUUACCGGACUAUAUGAAAUUAAGAGGUGGUAUACGAUUUUUGGAGACGAUGCCUCGCACAGAUUCGGGAAAAAUAAAUAACAUGAUACUUCGCGCUAUAGUCAAAGCUUCGCUUGAAGAAUAA